AUGGCUCCUAGCCUGCUCAGCUGCCCUGACGAGGUCAUCGACCACAUCGCCAAGUUACUUCCGAAUGUCAGGGCCGCUCGCGAGACCUGCAAGAGACUCAACCGCAUCGCCUCGCCGUAUCUGUUUCCGGUUCUCUACAUUUCAUGUCAUCAACUUGACCUUGACGUCUUUCGCACGGUCGCCAAGAAUCCGCUCCUCAUCGGAGGUGUUCGCGAACUUGUUAUCGAUGACACCACUCUCCCUGUCUCGAUUCCAGAUUGGCCGACCUACCAGAAGGUGCUAAGUCUCCCGGACUGCUCAGAGCUUGAGCGGGCGGCAUCUCAACACUGGUCAGAUUUGCCAGACUGUGAUGAGCCCAGAGAACAUUGGGAGCUCUUCGAUAGCGUUUUAAAGGGUCACCAUGAGAAUCGCCUUGCCCGCGCAGACUACCACGCUCUUAAGCAAGCACUACCCCAUCUGAAGCGCCUUAGGAGUCUUGUCCUUACGAAUCGCACUGCUAAUGAUAGUAUUGAUGAUGACUUCCGAGAGGGCGCUCAAAGCCUUGAAUCGUCUAGUCCUACCUUCAAAUUCUGGAGACGAUUUGACUCCAAGAGGGACGAGCCGGUGUCUUUCGCUCCGAGAUGUGAUUGGGUGCCGACUGGCCGAGGUCUCCGGAACAAAAUGCCAAUCUACGGAAUGGAUUGGUUAGAUGACCGAUUGACCGACGACAUCACGCCAUGCGGAGUACCAAAUACCCUGGCAGGCUCACCUGCCUUUAAAGAACUUGUCAGUAAAAGGUUCUUUAAUAAGGAAAUCAAUGGUCGCCAAGAUUUGACCGACUGGGAAUCUUUCUUGUAUGAGCGUGCCGAACGCCUAGAAAGAGUUAGUACACACAAACUCUUUAUUCUGGCACGGGAGGCUCGGGUGCUACACCUUGCUCUCCUAGUCCUUGAAGAUGAAACAAUGCAGUCUCAACUUACAGAGUCUAGAGUCGAUGCAUCUUGCGACAUGCUUAACAUAGAUUGGUCGCCCGGUCUAGCUAUCACCCUGUUCGCUAAACAGUCACCAUUUCCUACCCGACUAGCCAAAGGGUUCAGCGCCACGAACAUAACAAAGUUCAAUCUGACUCUUGGAUCCGGUCUUCCGCUUGAUGUUGGCGUUGGGGAGCGCCUUCGUGCCAUCUUCGCAUCCAUGCCGCAGCUUGAGGAGCUGUUCUUCGAGCCUCACGACAUACACCACUUUUCCGCCAUCCCAACCGAAAAGACUUUCCCGAGACUACGCAAGAUCACAUUCAACUGCGGAUUAAUGCGCUUGGAACAAUUGUUCAAAUUCCUUCGAUCCCAUGGUGCGACAUUGAAGUCACUUGUUGUCGAGCACUGCAAAAUCGUGCUGGAGCCAGAGAACGAACCUCAAGACAUGUUACCCAUGCUCAUCUCUGAGCUGCGUUCUCUCCACCGUGAUGGCGCCCUAAAGCUUGAAAACGGCCUAGUCAGCGAGCUGUUCCAUGGCGCUGUGCCACUAACCUAUUGUGCGAAAUUGUACGGGUUCAGAGAUGAGUACAGCGUCACUUGGGACUACAAGGGAAACGGAGUGUGGGAUCAACGGGAGGAAGCGGACUCAGAAGAUGAUUUAGAUAUUUGA